GGGAGCACAUCCCUGAUGGUGAUUGUGUUUCCUUCCCACAGAUUGUCUCCAAGGGAAAAUGGUGGAAAAUUCACCGUCGCCGUUGCCAGAAAGAGCGAUUUAUGGCUUUGUUCUUUUCUUAAGCUCCCAAUUUGGCUUCAGUACUGGGCAGUUGCAUUGCCCGUCUACCUCCUCAUUACUAUAGUAAUCGGGUAUGUACUCUUAUUUGGAGUAAAUAUGAUGAGCACCUCGCCACUCAACUCCAUUCAUACAGUCACAGAUAACUAUGCUAAAAAUCAGCAGCAGAAGAAAUACCAGGAAGAGGCCAUCCCAGCGUUAAGAGAUAUUCCUAUUAGCGAAGUAAAUCAGAUGUUCUUUCUGACUGCCAAAGAAUCUUACACCAAAAACUGAAUUGUGUAUACACUACCAUCAAACAUUUAUUAAAAGUUUUGGCAUCAUAAUUUUGACCAUAAUUAUCUCUCUUAUUAAUACCCAGUAUUGAAAUAUUUUGAAAAAUGUAAGUUGAACUUAUCUUAGAUUAAGGUCCAUUAAUAUUGUAAAAUUUCUCAAAUAUUAGUUACUAAGGGACAGAAUAAAUAAAACAUUGAUCAUUACCAUAUAGCAGGCGUUUUAACAAAUAAGUAUCAGUAGAAGCAGGAAGUCCCUCCAGAGUCAUUCAUGUUGUCACUUUCAGGGAGCAAUUGUGUCUUUCUCACUGUUUAUUCUAGAGGCCCAGAAUGCAGACUCCAGUUGGGGGAAGGGUUCAUCUACUGUGUGUCCUUGCCAUCAGAUUCACGUGUAAGAUGCAGAUAUUGAUUGCGUACUCACACGGACGGGCCAGGUGUUUCUCUGGGCAGCGGGGUGUUGCAAUGAUUCUCAAAGAGCCUACAUUUUCGAGGCAGAUGGAAAUAGACCAAGCAAAUAAAGAAGGAAGUGAGUGCUGUGCAGAGAAUUAAGAUAGUACAGUUUCUAGAAAGUGGCUGCUUUAGAUCCAGUGGUCAAGCAGGCUGCUCAGUUAGAGGCAGUUGAGGCUGAGAUUUGAUUGGUGAAACCAAGAGCCAGUCAUAUAAAGAUUGGCGGGGCAGAGAGAGCUUUGAAGCAGCGAAAGCACUGACUUUCAGGUGGGAGGGAGCUGGUAUUCUGGGACCUCAGCACUUUGCAUAACUCCUCUCCAGAAUAAAAUGUCUGUCUCGGGCUAGUUCCGCAGCAGUACCCAAGCUUUGCUUUUACAGAUCGUAGUCACGGAGAGUCACAUGGCCAGGGCUGGAUGACACCAGCCAGACUCACAGUGACUCAAAUGUCGCAUUGCACCCUAGUCAGCCAGGAUGGCCCACUUGAGUUAUAAAGCCUGUUUACCUGGCUCCCAAAUAUUAGAAGCAGCUUGAGUCAACCUGCGUCAGCUGCUGAGGCCCCAUCCAGCCCUCUGACUGGUUUCUCAGUUAAUGCACCAUGGACUGGCAUGUUCUGGGAGCCAAAACCAGGCUCUCUUCCCUAAAUCUGGUAAGAGGAGGCUGGGCCUGCAGAUCUAGAGACUUAGCCCAACCAGUGGCAUGCACAGAGAUGGUGGUGGGUGGGCUGCAACCUGGGAGGUCGGGGCAGAUAGCAGACAACUCAGGGUGCAGCCAGUCACCUUUGCCCAUUUUCACCCAUCUGAUAAGUCACAUCUCCCCUGAGUAUAAGGAGCAUGAGGUGGAGAGAAUGGUUGAGGUGUCUUCCCCAAGAAGGCGGAAGGUUUCAGUCACUGAGGCAGAAACAUGAGAAGAAAGAUGAUGGUUUCCUUACACCGGCCUCUUUGGUUGUCUGCAUUCCCCAAUUUUAAAUAAUUAGUACAGCGAACAUCUUUUGUGGAUAAAAAUCAUCUGUGUGAUGCCCCGCCGGUGUAGCUCAGUGGCUCAGUGUUGACCCAUGACCAGGAGAUCAAGGUUUGAUUCCUGGCCAGGUACAUGCCUGGGUUGUGGGCUCAAUCCCCAGUAAAUCCAUGAUAAAUCUCUCGCCUAUCUUUAUAGAUCCUAUUAGUUCUGUUUCCCUGAGUCAUCCUUGGCCCCUUGUUCCUAACACAGAGGACCUAGUUAUAUAGUUGGUGAAAAAAAAAGUUCAAAGGCUCAUAUCUGGAAUCAUCAGAAGUGAUACAAUUAAAUUGUUUUGAAGAUGUAAUGAGAGAGAUGUGUACACUUUUCAUAUUUAAAGGGGUCAAAUCAUUGAAGGACCUAAGUAAUCAGAAUUAUCACUGGAGAUCUUGUAACAACCUUAAAUUACUAGAAAGCCAUCAUUAUUUGCUUUCUACUUUCAAAUUUUGAUGUCUUUUAAGGUUUUUUUUGAAGUUACUAAAGUUUGUGAAACUAGUCCAAUAGCCACUCCAGACCAAAUUCCCCAUCAGCAUCUAACGUGAAGAUUAAAUUUAAUGUGUGAAAGAUAGAUGACCUGCUGCAGGAUCAAAAGGCAGUUAGAAAUAAUGGCCCUGGCCACAAAGACACACAAAUCAAAGAACUGUCGGCCCAGGACAGAGAUUCUAUCAGUGAUGAAUCUGUCGUUUCACUUGACUGCGGAUCCAGUACAAUUAUGGGAAAACUAACAGAAAUGACCUGAGUGAACAGACAGACUGGGGCCAUUUGUUUCUUAAGUGAAAUUUCCAAGCACCCAACCUCAGCCUUUGCUUUUCCAUCACCACUGAGCGGCAGUUGGCAGAGAGAGGUGACCUUUACUUAACCUUGGGAAUAACUCUACCCGUUUCUGGUCGAAAUAAGGAAUGUAUGUCAAUGCCUGUUGGCCAUCCAGCUGCAGGAGUUAUCGGGUGUUUUUGGUCUCAGUCAAUGAUGUCUUUGCCUUUUUGAACUUUAUUUUACAAAAUAAAUAUCUUUCUUAGGUCAUCUUGACAGUUAGAACAGGCCA